GCGACGCCGGCCUGAAAUUCGUCCGCCGUGUAUUACUCUAGUUCCGAUAGAGAUACAGGUUCAAGGUUCAGUUCAAUCAUCCAGCACCGAGAUGUUCGGAUCCAUCAUCAACCGCCUGUCACUCGACUACUGGUGGGGACAGCGCGUUUGUCGGACACUUAUUCCAGCGAUCACUGCCGUGCAUCGAGCACAAAUCACUUGCUACCACCAGCAUUAAAAUGUCUAACAUUCAACUUGCGCCCACGCUGCUGGUCCUCCUCUUGGCGAUUGCCGCCUGUUCGGGUGGUAACGAUCAUCGUCACCUGCGAAGUGUCCUCGGUGCUUUCUUCGAUUCAAACCUACCGCAGGUGGUCAAUUUACCACACAGCACCUGUACGGGUUGCUCAAAACGUUAUCAAGUGGAAACAACCGCGGAUGACUUUCCGGAUGAACAGAACGCCAUCAAGGAAGUGGACCAUCACAGCAUCACAGCUUUGGAGAUUACAGCACUGCGUAUUGAAUACAUCAAGAAUCAAAUUUUGACCAAAUUAAGAUUGAAGGAGAAACCAUCUUCGAUGGCUCAAUUGCCGCAGCCUGUAGAGGAAGAAAACCUCGUCCCACAAAGACCCACAUUGGACAUCAAUGAUAUUCUAUACAGACACUACUCGGAUGAUUUCUACGGAAAGACCACAGAGGCAAUCAUCCUGCCCUUUGAAGACGAGGCAAAGUGCGUCCGAAAGAUUCGUAACCCGUCCGCUUGUGUGCCGUUCCAAAUGCCCAACGAUAUUGCCGCUUCAGAUGUGAGCAGCGUCGAGUUGUGGUUCUACAAGGAGCCCGAUGUACUGGAUACCCAUAAUCAAACCUUUGUGGUUUCUGAGGUCGCGCAUUGGGAUAGCAACAAGAGCUUUCAAAAGAACAAACCCAUCGCCAUCUUGGAGACCGAUCUUGAUGAGGGUUGGAUCAGAGUGGAUGUGACAUCUGUGAUUAAAAACUGGUUGAUGUAUCAAGAUUCCCCAACGCAUGCAAUCGCUGUAGCAUGUAAAACAUGCGGAAUGGAUAUGCAAAAAUCACCGAUUUCAUUCAAACCUUCGUUUAAACCUUUUUUGAUGAUCAGGACGUAUGCACCCCAACUUCCGGUGCCUGUAAUGCGUCGGCCUAAACGCAAUGCUCACAACUGCGUCGCUGGAUCAAACGAGUGCUGUCGUGAGAAUGUGUACAUCUCCUUCGCGGAGAUCGGAUGGGAUGAUUGGAUCAUCGAACCGAAGGGUUUCAACGCAUACUUCUGCAGGGGAUCAUGUCGCACCGCUGCGUCCCUUACAGUGUAUCCAUCAGAUUUGUACAGUAUACAACGGAGAGCCAUGUUUGGCAUAAACCGGACAAAGACGCAGACGAUUGAAUUACAACCGUGCUGCGCGGCAACACAGUAUAGUUCGUUGGAGCUGCUCUUCUCCGAGACGAACAAGACGAUUAGCAAAAAGAUCAUUCCGAAGAUGAUCAUUGAGUCGUGCGGAUGCAUGUAGUGCGCAGGCGCGUUCGCCGCUACAGUAUUCGCCGGUGUAAAAGACAAAAGACAAAUUGUGAUCUUUGAAAAGCUUACUGCAUUUUCUUCUCUCACGAAAAGCUUUAUUUAUUGUUUUAUUUUUAUUUUUUAAUAUUAUGCUUGUUUCGGAUGAUACGUGGAGAUAAUUAGCUAAAUUGUUGUUAGCGUUGCGUAAUUGAAAGUUGUUGAUGUGACUUGAUCUGUUUUUUUUUCUUAAUUUAUUAUCGUACUUUAUUUAUACGUUGUAUCGUUGUUUUUCAUAAAUAUUUUCGAAAA